UUCUUAGUUAAUUCAAAUCCAAAAGUUUUCUUCCUUACUGUUGUUGUUGUUGUUGCUGCUCUCUCUCUAUUUCUCUUUCACUGCAAUGUGCAGGAACAAAUCCAUAACUCGAUCUUUGCUCAUAAGUCCUCCCAUCUGAGAACUCAAAAUCCACAAAAUUCCAUUGGAAUGCGGGCCCUCACUUCCUUGAUCUUCGCUUUAGUAUCCGUCGUUUUGUCGGCGACGGUGGUCUACUCCGGCUUCCCCCUCCAACGUCUCUCUCUGCAGAGAGCCUUCCCUUCAUCUCACUCUAUCGAACUUGAAACUCUCCGAGCUCGGGACCGUCUCAGGCAUGCCAGAAUCUUGCAAGAUGUCGUCAGUGGCGUCGUCGACUUCUCAGUCGAAGGUUCUUCCGAUCCGUUGCUCGUCGGGCUUUACUUUACCAAAGUUAAAUUGGGCACUCCCCCAAAGGAAUUUACGGUGCAGAUCGACACUGGAAGCGAUAUAUUGUGGGUGAACUGUAAUUCCUGCAAUGGUUGCCCCAGAGCAAGUGGACUUGGAAUUCAACUAAAUUUCUUUGAUGCUUCCAACUCAUCAAGUUCUUCACUGGUUUCCUGCUCUGAUCCAAUAUGCAAUUCUGCAUUCCAAACAACUGCGACUCAGUGUUUAUCUCAGACUAAUCAAUGUAGUUACACCUUUCAGUAUGGUGAUGGAAGUGGAACAUCGGGUUAUUAUGUAUCUGAGUCCAUGUACUUUGACAUGGUUAUGGGGCCUACUAUGAUUGCUAACUCUUCAGCUACAGUUGUUUUUGGUUGCAGCACAUAUCAGUCAGGUGACUUGACUAAAUCAGACCAUGCAAUAGAUGGCAUUUUUGGAUUUGGCCCCGGGGAUUUGUCUGUCAUAUCACAGUUAUCAGCUCGAGGGAUAACCCCGAAAGUAUUUUCCCAUUGUUUAAAAGGAGAAGGAAAUGGAGGUGGUAUAUUGGUUCUUGGAGAGGUUCUGGAGCCCGGCAUUGUGUAUAGCCCACUCGUGCCCUCUCAGCCUCACUAUAACUUGUAUCUGCAAAGCAUUGCUGUCAAUGGUCAGGCGCUGCCAAUUGAUCCAUCUGUGUUCGCAACAUCAAAUAAUCGAGGAACUAUUAUAGACUCUGGGACAACAUUGGCUUAUCUUGUGGAAGAAGCUUAUACGCCAUUUGUCAGCGCGAUAACUGCUGCUGUUUCCCAAUCUGUGACUCCUACUAUUUCAAAGGGCAGCCAGUGUUAUCUAGUAUCCACCAGUGUAGACGAGAUAUUUCCCAUGGUUAGCUUAAAUUUUGCGGCCGGUGCAUCUAUGGUGUUAAGACCCGAAGAAUACCUUAUGCAUCUUGGCUUUUAUGAUGGUGCUGCAUUAUGGUGUAUUGGUUUUCAGAAAGUUCAGGAAGGAGCAACAAUUUUAGGAGAUCUUGUUAUGAAAGAUAAGAUAUUCGUAUAUGAUUUGGCACGCCAGCAAAUCGGGUGGGCAAACUAUGAUUGUUCUCAAGCUGUAAAUGUAUCGGUCACGUCCGAGAAGAACGAGUUCGUCAACGCAGGACAGCUGAGCGUGAGCGGCUCAACCCAAGAUAAGCUCCUUCAAUCACUAGCUAUAGAAGCAUUAGCUCUUUUUCUGAGUUUCAUUUUGUUCAUCCACUUCCAGUUUCUGUAACUUUCAGCUGUGUAGAUCUCACUCUUCUCUAGACCCCAUUCUUUGCACCAAUUGUCUGCCCCUCCAGUCUAUAUGUAUAAUGAUUGGUAGUGGCUAUGUUGUGCUAUUAUUUUUGGACCAUGUGAGAUGCAAUGGGUCAGAAAGUCUAACCUGAAGAUAUUCUGUUCCACUACUUAAAUUGGGCCUGUCUUCUUUGGGCUUGAAGUUGGGCCUCCAUCUUGAAGAUAUUCUGUCCCACUACUUAAAUUGGGCCUGUCUUCUUUGGGUUUGGAUUUGGGCCUCCAUUUGUAAAGGCCCAUAUUUUGAGCAUGCUAGAAUUGUAAAUUAUGUGCUAGCGAGUUGUAGAGAGGUUCAUGGUGAUUGUUCUUGAUGAGUGAUAGCAGAGGUUAUUAUUGUAUUUUUAGCCUGAGCAUUUGAACAAUUAGAUUGCUUUAUA